CAGAUUGAGUGAGGGGAGAGAGCUUCAAACCAUAAACCCCUCUGCGUCUUCCCCGAUCUCCCUUCUCAGCCUUCCUUUCCGACCAUCGCCGGCGACCACGAGCGUGCUGGAGUUUUACUUUUCCUUCUCCGUUUGUGCGUCUGGAUGGGUGCGUUGGAUCACCUCUCCAAAUCCAGUUUUCUCCUUCAGUACCAUUCUCUUCCUCUUUCCAUCGCCGGUGAGGUUGUGCACGGAGGAGUCUAGUGUUGCUGAGCGCCGUCGGCUUCUUCUUCUUCUUUCUUCGUUGCUGCAGUGACAGAUUUCCCCCUCCCCUGUUCAGCAUCGUGAGCUCUUUCCCUGUCCCGCCAUGAGUAAUCUGAGCUAGGUUCUCUUCUUCAUCGUGCUCUUCAUUCUUCUGGGAAUCCAUAUAAACAGUGAACCAUUCAAGAGAGGCAGUGUCUCCAGUUCCUAUUGGAAGUUUUGAAAAGCUAAGAAGCCACUCAAAUGAUUGAGACACCAAACCGUCUCUAUUAUGUCAAAUCAACUCCAAAAUUUCACCUUCAAGUGGGGGACGUUCUCUUUUCACCAUUUUUAUGAUGCUCUACAUUUGCUAAUUUUAGAGUGCCAUAACAGGUCCCAUUGUGAUUCAGAUCGUGAUUUGAGGUGUGAAUUAGCAAAUUCUGCAAUUAUCUAGCCCCAUUCAACACAACGUGGUUUCCCUCUUUUCGUUAGGUCUUGAUUUAAUUUAUAGUCCCUUUGUCGAAAAUUGAUGUUGAAAAGAUUAAGAGUCAAUGCCCAUUUCUGUAAGAGUAUGCAGGUUUUGUUCAGAAUCCAUUCUUUUGCAAUUUGCUCAACUGCAGUCAAUACACAUGGGAGUAACAAAGUCUUGAAUGAUAAUGGGUCUGACAAUGAGACAGAAUGGGAGAGAUUGCUUAAACCUUUUGAUCUUAAACAGCUCCGAAGGUCUCUUAACCGAAUUAGUCCAGUUCAACUCUGUAAAUUGCUGGAGCUCCCACUUGACAUACCCACGUCAAUGGAGAUAUUCGAAUGGGCUGGUUCUCAGAGUGGUUAUUGUCAUUCCUUUGAUGUAUACUACAUUUUAUUUGACAAGCUUGGUGCAGCUGGGGAGUUUAAAACCAUAGACAGGUUGUUAUUGCAGAUGAACGAAGAAAGAAUUGUCUUUAAAGAAUCACUUUUUCUUUUGAUCAUGAAUUACUAUGGAAUAGCUGGGUUGCCUGGGCAAGCUACAAAGCUUUUGUUGGACAUGAAGAGUGUUUAUUCAUGUGAGCCUACUUUUAGGACAUACAAUGUUGUAUUAGAUAUACUAGUUUCUGGAAAUUGCCCCAGAGUUGCACCGAAUGUUUUCUAUGACAUGUUAAGUAGAGGAAUUUCUCCUACCGUCAGCACGUUUGGAGUGGUGAUGAAAGCAUUUUGCAUGAUUAAUGAGGUGGAUUUAGCUUGCUCACUUCUAAGAGACAUGGCAAAGCAUGGCUGUGUUCCAAAUUCAGUGAUAUACCAGACCUUGAUACAUGCACUUUCCAAAACUAAUAGGGUUAACGAGGCUAUGCAACUUUUAGGGGAGAUGCUCUUGAUGGGCUGUGCGCCAGACGUUCAAACCAUCAAUGAUGUUAUCCAUGGUCUCUGCAGGGCCAAAAGGAUUAAUGAGGCAGAAAAAUUGCUGAAUCGAAUGCUUUUUCGAGGUUUUACUGCUGAUGCAAUAACUUAUGGUGUUCUAAUUCAUGGUUGGUGUAUGAUUGGUCAGGUUGAGGAAGCAAGGGCCUUGCUUAGCAAAAUUCCUAACCCAAAUAAUGUGAUCUAUAAUACAUUAAUUAAUGGAUAUGUCUCAAACGGACGUUUUGAUGAAGCCAUGGACUUGCUGUACAAUAACAUGUUAAUGGCAGGCCAUGCACCUGAUGUCUUCACAUUUAAUAUAUUGAUCCGUGGACAUUGCAAGAAUGGGAAUUUAUUCUCAGCUUGUAAAUGCUUUUAUGAUAUGCGAUCAGUAGGCAUUGAACCUAAUGUUAUUACAUACACUAUAUUAAUCAAUGCUUUCUGCAACGAAGGCCGAUUAGAGGAAGCCAUUAAAGUUGUAAAUGAAAUGUCAGUUAAGGGUCUCAGUUUAAACACGGUGGGACACAAUUGCCUGAUUUCUGCUUUGUUUAAACAUGGGAAGGUGCAAGAAGCUUUACGAGUGUUUGCUGAGAUGUCCAGCAAAGGAUGUAAACCUGACAUAUAUACAUUUAAUUCUGUAAUAUAUGGUCUGUGUGAAGAUAAUAAGCUGGAAGAAGCCUUGCAGUUGUAUCGUGACAUGUUCUUGGAGGGGAUCAUUGCUAACACUGUAACAUAUAACAUAUUGAUUCAUGCAUUUCUUGGGAAAGAUUCAAUUCAGCAAGGGCUCAUUCUUGUUGACGAAAUGCUAUUUAGAGGAUGCCCUUUGGACAAUAUUACCUACAAUGGCCUUAUCAAAGCUUUCUGCAAAGUGGGGGCUAUUGAAAAAGGAUGGAAAUUGUUUGAGGAGAUGCUUGGUAAAGGGAUUUUUCCUAGCAUCAUCUCCUGCAAUAUUUUGAUCAAUGCCUUAUGUAGAACUGGAAAAGUAAAUGAUGCCCUUCUAUUUCUUCGGGAUAUCAUUCAUCGUGGAUUGACACCAGAUAUAGUCACAUAUAACACCCUCAUCAACGGUCUUUGCAGAAUUGGUCGUGUUCAGGAGGCUCUAAACCUUUUUGACAGAUUACAGGAUGAAGGAAUUCAUCCUGAUGCUAUUACAUAUAACACAUUGAUAGGUAGGCACUGCAAGGAGGGUUUGUCUAAUGACGCAUGUUUACUUUUGUAUAAAGGUGUGGAGAAUGGGUUUAUACCUAAUGAGGUCACUUGGAACAUAUUGGUAAACAGUUUUGUAAAAGAAAGUAACAGGGGGAGUAAAGCCUUCUUUUAAUAUGGUAAAUUUCCAAGCUUUUACCUCUUUGAAGACAAUGUCUCAUAUACUGCUCUACAUGCAUUUCCACUUGAUCUCAUCUGAGUUGUCCGUGGGUACGCUGGAUUUUAGCUGACUAGCUGUGGCUGAUAAAUUUGGUUCUACUUAUUAUUCUUGGUGAUCCCGACUGUGUAGUUUAUUACUGUGCAUUAUUAUUAGAAUUUUUUAUUGCUUGUUGACAGAUUACUGGUUUGUGUCUUCUCAUGAAAUUUUUUGGUGGCUGAAACAUAAGCAUUGAUUUCUGCACAUGGAUUAUUGGAGAAGAAGUUUGCUGGCUGGUUUUAAAUGAAAGCCUUAGUGUUUUGCAAUUCUUGCUGUAGGCUUCAGCCUCCAAAUUGUAUUUUAUGUAAAAUAACCUUACAAAUUCAAGGUAAUUAGUUCCUUUAACAAUCUGGAACUUUGUAAAAUUUAUUUCUUUGCUGGCGAAUGAGUUUGCAGAUGUGUACAUAUCGUUAAUAAUGUUAUU